CCACAGCAAAAUAAUGAAUUUAAUUUUUCAGUCUUUCUCCUUCUUUUAACAUUUUUAAAGGAAAAUAACAUGCUGAUGCUCAUGGAAAAUUCGCAGUUAAUAGAAACAAACGUUUUCGCAUGUUAUAUUAACCCGCCAUAAUGAGAGGGAUUAUAAGCACUUUAUCAAUUUAACAUUCAGGUCCGCGUAUCAGUCAGGACUCUAGCCAAAACACAAAUUACUCCUCAACAUGUACAUGCAGUGAAAAAUUACUGAUCUAAAUUUUAAAGAAAACGACGAAACUUAAAAGUUUGAAAGACAUGCUUCGAUAGAACCUACGUACUGUCAUCUUCAGUUGAUUGAUGUACAAAGCGUCGGAAGUCGAAUUUAUAAUAAGUAGCAAAAUGCUAAUUGUGACAACAAAAUAAAGCAAAGCGUGAAAGUGUGCCAGAGAAUUAUAAGGAUAGAAGAUGACAGUAGUUUUUGUCGAAACAUGUCUUUGAAACUUAAAAGUUGCGUCGUUUUCUUUAAAUUUUUGACUUGCUGCUAUCAUCAAGACCCUUUGAUCCGUAAAAUUAAAUGGAGACAAGUUCCAAGUAGGUCACAUGGUUAUUUCGCUUGACCCUAUUUCAACCUUGUAUCUCUAAUGUUUAUUAAACGAUUAGAAGUAGUUGAUGUACUUCUGGUUUGCACAAAAUAAUCUAACAUUAACUAUCCCUCCGCGACAGAUUCAAAGUACACUGCUGACCUCAACCACACCUACCCAACAAAAGUGAUUUUCACCAGCGCCAUGCUGUUCACAUUCCUGGUGUCUGUGAUUGGCAACUCUCUUGUCAUCUACGUCAUAACCAAACAUCGUUCCAUGAGAACAUCAACGAAUUGUCUCAUCAUGAACUUAGCAAUUUGCGAUCUUUUGAUCACUGUGCUCCUGGCCCCUUUAUUUAUUACGCAGCUGUACAUCGGAUACACGUGGUUUGGAGGCACCCUGGGAAACGUCACUUGUAAAAUAUUAUCUUUUGUAGGUUCUCUCUUGCUUUUCUGCUCUAUUUUUAACUUGGUAGUUAUUGCUCUUGAUCGAUAUCUUGCCGUCGCUCGACCAUUAAAGUAUAAAUUGUCAUCAAAAUGGGUGGUAAAAGUAGGAAUUCCAGCUAUGUGGCUUAUUUCAGCUUUGUUGUCUUUUAAAGCGGCAUACGAUGGGGACGAAAAAAGGCCUAAAUGUGGAUCUGAGAGGAGCGCUCAAGAAGUGUACUCGUCGUUGAGUUGUUUAGUUGUCUCGUUUAUCGUUCUAAUUGUGCUUUAUUCUAUCAUUUGUUAUCGUCUUUGGAGAAGAAACAUUCCUGGCGAAGUUUCUAACAAUCAGCAAGCGCUUGCUAUUCGUACAGCACGAAAGGUCACUGUUUUAAUGAUAUCAGUUGUAAUCGUGUUUGUUGUUUCAUGGGCGCCUAGUUUUGCUUUCAUGCUCUCAGACUUGAUUCUUGUAAGAUCCAGUGACAUUUCAUCCAUCAUGCACCACCCCAUAGUGUUUUUCAUGUCUUCCUGGUUGAUAUUGAACAGUAGUGCAUGUAAUCCGUGUUUGUAUUUUAUAUUUAUCGAAAGCUUUCGCCACAGUCUGAAAUCUGCUUGUUCAUGCUUAAGACUUCUCGGACCUGAAUCAAGGCUGUGCUGUAUUGGACUACAAAGGCGAUUUGAAAAUGCAGAACUAAUGAGGAACAGACAUAAUUUGAACUCCUUCGUUCAGGAAGAAGGAGCUGUUGAGUUGAGGGCAUACUCGUCUUUUAACCACAACCUCGCCGCCUUAACCGUCUCAAGGGGCAAAUGGCCUCGAAGGUGAAUGUGAAUAUGAACGAGUUUUUAUGAAAUGACAGGAUUUCCUAUUUUGCACGGCAAGAAAUAUAAUGAGGUGGGCUGGAAGUUGAAUGAAGACAUCGAAUUCUUCCCUUCAUGCCUGCGAUCUCAUGUUGCAGGAAAAAAAAAACAAAACAAAAACAAAACAAGAGGGAGGCCUGGAGCAAGGCAUAGUCUUAAAAGCAAAAGAGUUCGAUUACUUGCGUAAGUCUGACAUAGCCUGUUCCAGGCUCUCGGUAGUUGGGGACGAGCGAAAAAAAGAGGGGGACAAGAAUGGAAAAUUUAACAAAGCCCUUCCCAACGAUAACGUUUUGAAAUCUGUAUAUACACACAUGUCAUAAAGAAGGACGCCUGAUUGGUUAAUCGUUGUCAGACAUCACCCACUCCGAUGGAUACUGAAUUACUCGUAGGAAAGCCCGAGUCAUAAAAUUCAAGUUUUUUGGUCGCCAA